GGCGGCGCAGUCGAUCGCUGGGCUAUAAAACAGUUCGGCCAAUUGGCCAACAGCAUCAGUCGCUGACAACUCAGGCAACCAAACAACCCAAUCAACAACAAUAUGAAAUUCCUCAUCUGCUUGGCUCUCUGCUUCGCCGUCGCUCAGGCUGGCUACCUGGCAUCACCUGUGGCCACUUAUGCCGCCACCUAUGCUGCGGCGCCCAGCUAUGCGGCCACCUAUGCCGCUGCUGCUCCAGUGACCACCUACUCGGUGCCCGCUGCCUACUCCACCUAUGCUGCUCCCGCCUACGCUCCGUCCGUCUACAGCGCUGCCACGUACUCAGCUCCCGUUGCCACCUAUGCCGCACCCGCCUACACCGCCCCCGUUGCUACCUAUGCUGCGCCCGCUGUCUUCAGCCCCUUCCUGAAGAAGAAGUAAACUAACUGUGUCGACAACCAUAUCCCAAAUAUUUGCUUUAAUGAUCCACUGAAUAAACUUUUGAGAAA